AGUUGCUGGGCAGAGAACACAACAUCAACAUCAGCGAAGAGAGUGCAUUUGAACUUGGACUGCGCGAUAAAGCAGGUGCUAAGGCACAUUUCUUAAGCUCCAAAACUAAAUUUCCCAACCAUGGCAACUGAUUGUGAGGCAUGGCUGAAUGCUAACCCUGUUGAGGCCGGAAAUCUUAGUGAUUCCUUCCCCUCUGGGGACGAGGACAGCACCUUCACUGCAAAUGUUAAUACUGAGAUAAAUGGAAACUGGAUAUCGGCCCCCACCGGCACCAUCCAUGAAGCCAGACUCAAGGCCAAGGUAAAGAGACGUCUAAGAAAAAACUCCUCCCGGGACUCAGGCCGGGGCGACUCGUUGAGUGAUAAUGGCGAAACGGUCAGGUCUGUGGUUCCACCCACAAGCCCAAAGGGCAAACUGCUUAACCGGAGGUCGAGGACGGGCAAGGGACGAGGCUUGCCAAAGAAAGGUGGUGCUGGGGGUAAAGGUGUUUGGGGAACGCCUGGAGAAGUUUAUGGCGAAGAUGAAGUCGACUAUAAAGAUCCCAAUUACGAUGCAGAGCAGGAAAAUUGCGUAUACGAGACGGUCGUCCUUCCACUGGAUGAAGAGGCUUUUGAGAAGACGGUCACUCCUAUCGUUCAGGAGUACUUUGAACACGGAGAUGCUAAUGAAGUGGCGGAACUGCUUGCUGAGCUGAAUCUGGGCAGCAUGCGUGGCGACGUGCCCAUGCUAGCUGUGUCGCUAGCGCUGGAGGCUAAAGCGAGCCACAGAGAACUGACGUCUCGUCUGCUGGGUGAGCUCUGCGGUCGAGUGCUCACCGCCGGCGACGUCCAGGCCUCCUUCCACAAACUGCUGAAAGAACUGCCCGACCUGGUGCUGGACACGCCUGGAGCUCCACAGAUGCUCGGUCAGUUCAUCGCUCGAGCCGUAGCAGACAGCAUCCUCCCGAAAAGCUUCCUCGACGGCUACAAGGGACGAGUGGACUGUGAAUAUGCCAGAGCUGCUCUGGAUCGAGCCGCUGUGCUGCUGAGAAUGAGCCGAUGGACCGGCCUUCGCAUCGACAGCCUCUGGGGCUCGGGAGGAGGACAGAGACCUGUCACUCAACUCAUCAAAGAGGUUAAUCUCCUGUUGAAAGAGUACCUGCUGUCAGGAGACACAGUGGAGGCUGAGCGCUGCCUGAGAGAACUGGAAGUGCCACAUUUCCACCAUGAGUUUGUUUAUGAGGCAGUGAUCAUGGUGCUGGAGUCUACAGGCGAGCGGACGCUUCAGAUGCUCCUGCAGUUGUUAAAGUGUCUCUGCUCCUCAACCAUCAUCACUGUGGAUCAGCUGAGACGGGGCUUUGAACGGGUGUAUCUGGACAUGCCGGACAUCAGUAUCGACGUGCCGUGUGCCUAUUCGAUCCUGGAGCAGUUUGUGGAGCAGAGCUUUAAUGCUGGAGUCAUCGAUAGGAAACUGCGAGACCUCUGUCCUAGUCGGGGCCGUAAGCGGUUGAUCAGUGAAGGCGACGGCGGGCACCUCAAACUUCAGAACUACUGAUUUCACCAGUCCAACAAGCCCUUUCAGUGGCAGCUGCUCCAGCUUUAACACUCAUCGGAGCUUCGUAUUUCUUUCAAACUUGCUUGUAUUUAUCCUGAACAAACUUUCCUCCUGUCAAACAACACAAUGGGACCCAAAAGCCUGGCACUUUGAAAUAUCUGAAGGAGAAAUCAAUCCCCUCCCCCCGAUCCUCCUUCUGAUGUGAAUCGUAUAAGCUAAUACUCCUAAAAGUGCCACAUUUCUGACUUAGUCAUUCCAUGUUUGUAUUGCUAAGUUCACCGGCGCUCUUCUGUUCUCCAGUUAGCAGUGUUUCUAGAGGAUUUCUGUAUAUAGCUUUAUUAAUGAGGGAUUUAAGUUCUUUUUUUUCCCCCCUCCUCCUCCUCGGCUGCUUUUUGUAAAUUGUGCUUGAGUUUAUUUUGACUUUUCGAAGAUGUCGUUUCUGAUGGUCAGUGACAAAAGGACAGACCUGAGCAGAUGUACAGCAGCGGGAUUAUUUCACGGAAGGAUCCAGAACACUUAUUUUUAUAUCUCGGUAGACUGGUGGAUGUGAGAUGUGCCGGACUUGCCUGCUAUCUUUGUUUAAAAUGGUUGACGGAUAAAUAAUAAUAAAAAAGAUUUGUCGUCA